CUGCGCCGUUGUUCUCACUAUGUCCGGAAUUUUCAACAUGGCGACUCACUAUGCUGAAUAAUUGGAAUUACCAUUUUGCCAUGUAAGCUGGAUUAAUACACCAACAGCUACCGAUGGAAAUGUCAAGAUUAGCUGACUAUUUUGUCGUGGUUGGGUAUGACCAUGAUAAAGAAGCUCCAGUCAGCAAGGGUCACCAUAUAGGAUCAGGGAAAAUCCUUCAAAGAUUUCCAGAGAAAGACUGGGAUGACGUACCCUUCCAUCAAGGUCUAGAGCUGUUUUGCCAGCCAGGAGGAUGGAAGAUAACAAGCAAGGCCCAACCACCAACCUUCCAUGUAUCAGUUCUAACGGACAUCGAGGCCAGGCGUCAUUACUGCGCUGUCUUGACCUUCAGCGAGGUCGUCGACAUGACCCCAUCGCGACCUGAUGACCUAGAGAACGAUGAUGUUGAUGGUGCUUUGAUCAGACACACGGUCAUGUUUGCGCCAAAGUGUCUUUCACUGAUCUCUAGAUUAGAAUACUUUGAGACAUUGAAGAACUGUCUUGGUCUCAUGUACACUGUGUAUGUUGAUGGUCUUGAGGUGGAGAUGGAGACAUUGGUCGGUAACAUCCUAGGUCAUGUACAGGUACCACCUCCAGGUGGUCCACAGGUACGUUUCUCAAUAGGAGCUGGUGAUCGUCAAGCAUUGCAACCCCCUCUUAGUGAUUCCUUACCUGUUACAAGAUCAUCUGUAGCUCUUCUUGUUCAGCAACUUGGUAUUCAUAACAUCAUCACACUCUUCUGUGCUGCUGCCACAGAUCAGAAGAUUCUAUUUCACUGUCGGAGUUACACCAGACUAACUGAGGCAUGUGGAGCGCUAAUUUCACUUCUCUUCCCACUGAAAUACAGCUAUGUGUAUAUACCAGUACUGCCUGCUGCACUGACUGAGGUCUUGAGUACUCCUACUCCAUUUAUUAUGGGGAUACAUUCAGCACUAAAAGAGGAAGCUGCAGAAUUGCUUGAUGUAAUAAUUGCUGAUUUAGAUGGUGGUUACUUAUCCAUCCCUGAAUGUGUUAAUUUACUGCUGCCAUCGGAUGCAAUGUAUGAAAGAAUCAACUAUGAACUAACUAUGGUGCUGAGACCUGAUCUUAAGAUAGCUGAUCAAGCUUUUCCUGUGAGCUCAGACACACCCUCUAAACCAGAACUUCUUGACAAAGAGAUACGUGCAAUUUUCCUGCGACUCAUCGCUGAGCUGUUGCUAGGAUACAGAUCUUGUCUCACCAUCAUUAGGAUACAUCCUAGUCCUGUUAUUACAUUCAACAAGGGAAUGUUCCUAUUUCAGCAUGGAGCUCUAGGAGAUGAAUUCCUCAGCAAGUUCCUGGAUGGUAUGAGCUUUGGGACAUUUGUCAACGAGCGAGGGCCUCCUUAUAGACCAUGUGACCUCUUUGAUAAGUUGAAUGCAAUGGUUGCAGAUACGCUUGCUGCUGAGGAAGGUCAGCCUGAGAGAGUUUUGAGGAAUAUCAGAGAUGUCGCUGAGAGACUUUAUGUCAAUGAGAUUCCAUCUUUAUUGUCUAUGUCUGCUGAGGAGAAUCCGACCAAAGCACAGUAUCUACAGAAGAUUCCAAAGCCAUCAGAUGGUGCAUAUACACGUAUCAAUGAACAUCAGUUCCCAACAUUGAACAACCAAAAAGUUGAAGAAGUUGUAACUGAUGGCCAGGCAAAAGCUUUCCUUCAGAGUUUGAAUUCCAGUCUGUCCAAGGCUAGGAACCAGAAAAAUCAGAUAGUACCUUACAAUGCAUCCAGUAGUUUCUUUGAAGGCCAUAGGAAUCUAAUCAACAACAGUGCCAGGAGAUUAGAAGUCUUGAGAACCUGUAUAACAUUCAUCUUUGAGAAUAAGAUCCUUGAUGCAAGGAGGUUGUUUCCAGCUGUGAUGCGCUCCCUGAAGAGUAGGGUUGCUAGGCAAGCUCUUUUACAUGAGCUUGAGCUCCAUGUUAAUAAGAACAGAGCAAUGCUAGAACCACAACAGUUUGGUAUGGUUGUCAGGUUGAUCAAUGCUGCUUUACAGGAGGAUUCUCACGGUGAAGAGUUCAGUCUUAGUAUGGACUUUCUACCCCUCAUUUCAGCAUUCUGCCGGAAACUAUGUCCAGGCAUCAUCCAGUUUGCCUACACAGUCACUCAGGAUCAUCCAGUGUUUGCCAGUCAACAGUUCUGGGAGACUGCUUUCUAUGCAGAUGUAGAGAAGAAUAUACAGAGUCUCUAUGUCACUCCAGAUAACACACCAACCAAUGAGAAGAGAGAUACAUUCAAUGAGGCAUUUGCAGCUGGUCCCGAUGCCUCGGGAUCCUCUACCUCUAGUGCUAAUGGUUUGAUUACAUCGGCUGAGCGUAGCCCACUGGACAUUGCAGCUGAACAGCUCCGUCUUCAACCUAACAUGAACCAUGAUGCAAAGGAAGAGGCUAAGAAUAAUGAAGAGAGUAUUGUAUACAGUCAAGCUGUUCACUAUGCUAAUAGGAUGGUGUGUAUGAGAGUUCCUUUAGAUUCCUCAAGGGGUUUGAAGAACUCUAUCACAUUGGAAGGUGAUAGCGGUGGUAGUAGCAACAUCACAGGCAGUGUUGGUGGUAGUGAUAGCUAUGACGCCGAGAAUAACUUUGAUGAGAAUGACCCUAGGGAUGUACCUAACAGGGUCAUUAAGUUUAUCUCAAGGUUUGUUGAUAAGGUCUGCACAGAGGCUGGUGUGUCACAUGAGCAUCUCAAGAACCUUCAUGGCCUUAUACCAGGUCUAGUAGCGAUGCAUAUCGAGACAUUAGACGCUGUCAAUAGAGAAAGCAAGAGGUUACCACCCAUUCAAAAGCCUAAGAUCUUGAAGCCAACCUUCUUGCCUGGAGAAGAGAAAGUAAUGGAAGGCCUUCGAGGGUACCUGGUGCUGGACGGCAGGGAGGAAGGUCAAGGAGGGGUCAUGGGCGGACCUACACUCUUACCUGCAGAGGGCGCUGUUUUCCUCACCACCUAUAGAAUCAUCUUCAAAGGCACACCCAUUGAUAUGCAAGCUUGUGAGCAAGUAGUGACGAGAAGUUUUCCUGUCUCUGCCCUUUCAAAAGAGAAGAAAAUAAAUGUAACAAACAUUGGCAAUACUUUCCACCUGGACCAGUUCUUACCAGAAGGCAUUCAACUCAGAUCAAACACAUUUCAGCUAAUGAAAAUAGUAUUUGAUGCGGAGGUGAGCCUAGAAAGACUGGAAACGUUCCGUAAGAUGUGCAACAAACUAAGGUAUCCUCAAAGCAUCUUCCAUACAUUUGCCUACCCUCGCCAUCUCAUCUCACCGGCACUCUCAACUCAGAUGAAACACAAAGAGAAGAGUGCCACCUUGAGAAAACUUGCCACUAAAACAUUCCUUCGAGGGGGUAAGAAGUCCACCAAGUUAGCCUCCCGUAAGGAAAAAUACGUCCUACCUCCGGGGGGUAGUGGAAGGCCGUUGCCUCUAGCCUCAUCAACGAUGCUGAAAGACGAGCUUUUAACAUCAAGUAUGGAGAGCGUUCAGACUGAUAGUCGACCUGGGAGCAUUAUGUUUGAUGAAGAUGAGCUUUCAAACGUAGACCUAUCGUCAUUCCUCACCCUGGAGCGGGGUCAAGACUUUGGAGAUCAACCCACCCAAGAAUGUGUUAUAGACGAGGCUGAUAGUUCAGCAACGCUGAAACCCAGUGAUAUGCUGACAGUUGAGAAGCUUGCUGAGAGGUUGUAUGUUCAAGACUAUACAAGGCUAGGACUAGGUCUACUAGGGAAUGGAGCAAUAUCUAGACCAAGGGUUGGUGAUAUGUUCAAGAUCUCUGAGGUCAACAGCAAGUUUGAAGUCGCAAGAAGCUACCCUGCGUUAAUAGUGGUACCUUCGGUGCUCAGUGACGAUAGCAUACGACGCCUUGCCAAAUGUCACCGGCACGGUAGAUUACCGGCGAUUACAUGGCGCCAUCAGCGGACGAAAGGGCUUCUGAUCCGGUCUAGUGGGUUUCAUGGCAAAGGAGUUAUGGGCAUGAUUAAGAGUGCACAAACACAGGGUUCUAGUACGGGUGAAUCGUCAAGCUCAGGAUCAAGUAAGAGCCUCGAGCAGGAGAAAUAUCUCUCAGCCAUCGUGCUUAACACUCCUUAUGGUAGCGCCCAUAAGAGUGAUUCCCUCGUCAGUCUGAACUCUAUACUCCCCCCUACGAAUAGUGGAGAGACCCCAGAUGGUACACCAACUAUCAGUCCACGCAAGGGAACACAUGGGACGGGUACAUUGCUUCAGAGGGGGUUUCUUAGGUCUAGUGGAGGGCAGAAGGCUUAUAUGGGAAAACCAGGAUUAUUUGAUAUUGGUGUAGCCACAUUGAGACGAGGCCAUACAUUGAAGGGCAGCAGUCGCUUAAUGAUGGGAGCCUCGAGCCACGCCCAGCUGGGUGGUGGUGUCUCACCUGCCGUCUCUAAAAAACACCUUACUCUUGGCUCUCGAUCGGCAGCAACCAGGAACGGCUCGGUCACUGAACAGGACCUGGCCAUCCCAAGGAAGCAAGAGGCAAGGAAGGCUGCCCUCUAUGUCUUUGGAGAGAAAUCUCAACUGAGGAAUUUCAAAUCAGACCAGAGCACUAAAUGUGACUUCAUUCCUUAUGACUACUAUGAGACCAGGCACAUCAAGGCUAGCUAUAAGAAACUGAUGAAGGCUUGUCUCCCUAGUAAUCCCAUCACUGAUCCUGAGAUGGGCUUUCAUAAGAUGGUUGGAGAAUCAGAAUGGUUGCUUCAGAUUCAGAGUAUCAUGCAGCUAGCAGGAGCAACAGUAGAUCUGAUUGAUCUUCAAGGAUCGUCAGUGUGGCUAAGCUUUGAAGACGGCUGGGAUUUCACUACUCAGGUGAGUUCCCUAGCACAGCUUCUGAUGGACCCUUACUACCGGACAUUGGCUGGAUUCAAGGUCCUGAUUGACAAAGAAUGGCUAGCCUUCGGUCAUCGCUUCACUCACAGAACCAACCAGACUAUUGCCCAUCAGACUAGUGGCUUUGCUCCUGUCUUUCUACAGUUCCUGGACUGCGUGCACCAGGUUCACUCUCAAUUCCCUCUGUCAUUUGAAUUCAAUCAGUACUUUCUGAAGAUGAUAGCAUACCACUACGUAUCAAAUCGCUUUCAGACAUUCAUGUGGGACUCAGACUAUGAAAGAUAUCAAGCAGCAACUCAGGUGUAUGAGGAUAGGAGACCAUCAAGGAUUGAUGAGAGUGGGGAUAGUGACAGUGAGACACCAAGCCCACCUCUCAAAUCACUCUGGGCUUACAUUGACAAGUAUCAUCCUCGAUCACCAAUCUUCUACAACUUCCAGUUUGCACCACACACAACAGUAAAUGAUGUCCUAAGGCCCUAUACCAAUACAUCUAGUCUGAAGAUCUGGGAUUACUUCCUUGAAGAGAAUCUUUAUGGUGGACCAUCCUUUGACCGUGAGCUCUUUGAAUCAGCAACCAAUGAGGAUAAUGAACAACCCUUAGAACAGACUGAUAGGAGGACUGUCAAUGCUAGUUAUGAUGAUGUAUCACAUGCUGAACCUGACAUCCAUAGGUGGCUAUUAGAAGAGAUGAGACAAUUAGAGUCAGACCUUGGCAAGCAACAUAAGAACUGGAAGCAUCUUCUUGAACAUCUAGAAGCAAGGUUUGUGACGAGAAGGAAAAGAACGUCACAAGCAACGGAGGAAGCACGUGUCCAGAGCAUGACAGCUCAUAAGAAAACAACCAUUGAUAUUCUAGUCAGGGGAAAGAAUAUUGCUGAACCAACACCAAAAGGGUUCAAUUUUCCACAUCACUUUGAGCCUUGUAGCUACAUGACACCAACAAGCUGUGACUUCUGUAAUCAGAUGCUGUUUGGUGUCGUAAAGCAAGGGUGUACAGGCAUGAAAUGUUCAGACUGUGGUUACAAUGUCCAUGAGAAGUGUGUACCUCAGGUCCCAAAGCAGUGUUCAAGGAGGGGUUCUACAAAAGAAAGCUCCGCCCCAACCAGGCAGGUUACUAAGGAAGACUCUAAUCCUGCCCACACCCCAACAACAGACAAUGUACGCUCAUUCACAGAGGGUUAUGAACAGUUCAACAACCUAAUAGAUGAGACAAGGUCACAUGAAGGUCAUCUAUAUAAGAGAGGAGCAAGACUCAAAGGAUGGAAGCAAAGAUGGUUUGUCUUAGAUUCACAAAAACAUCAGUUGAGGUACUACGAAGCACGGCAUGAUCCUCAUUGUAAAGGUUUUAUUGAUUUGAAAGAAGUCGAAUCAGUACAACCAGCUUUCGCAAACCCAUCGGCACCUAAGAAAGUAGAGGAUAAUGCAUUCUUUGAUCUGAAGACGACAAAGAGAGUGUACAACUUUAUAGCAGACACCAAAGCAGCAGCUGAAGAAUGGAUUAGUAAAAUACAAGACUGUUUAUCAUGAUACUGGACUUAGCAAUACAUUCACAUGUAUGUAUCGCACCAUUGGAUAUUAAUUUCAGAUGUGUUUAUUCACCAGUCUCAAUAUGAACUUUGGGAAAAGAGACUGGACUGUGUUUGUCAUGAUAACAAGACUUUUUAUAUUGGUGUUAUUAUUGUAAGGUGAUGCAGUGAGAUGGGAUGUAUACCAUUCUGUAAGCUCUUGGAGAAAGGAUGAACUCUUGUAAUCAUUAUUGACGUCAGAGUGAUUGCAUUUACUGUGCAUUUAAAAUGCAUUUGUGAUGGGAUCAACUACCAAGCUGUAAACCGUGGGAAAAAGGAUGGACUUUUGAUAUCAAUUUUAACACCACAGUAAAUGCAUUUGCUGUGCAUUUAGAAUGUAUUUUUGACACAGGAGAUCAUCUUCAAUCUGCAAACCAUUGGAUGGACCAAUGCAAUCAUGAUGAACAUCAAAGUGAUUGCAUUUUCAGUGCAUUUGAACUGGAUUGUACUAGUCUUGAAAUCAUAGCAGAAAGAAUGCACUCUUUCAUUAGGAUGACUGCAUUCUCAUUGCAUCGAGUAUGGAUGUGUUUCCAGUCUCUUUGAACCAUGCAAGAAGACUGGACUCUGUUCUACUAUGAUUAUAUCUUGGUGAAGUUUUAACACUGAAAGAAAAGAAUCUGCAACAGUCUUUGUGAAAAACACUGAAAGAGUGACAUUUGAUAACUGAAUGCAAUACUAGAGGAAAUGGAGUAUAUGUCAUUUGUAAGGAUAACAUCAAUCUGUGAAGAAUGUUAGAGACUGUUUUAGAUCCAAGAGGCUUUUCAAGAGAGUGGUUAAAAUAGAUAUCAUAAAUGAUAUCUAUGGGUGGAUUAUAACUUUUAUAUCAAUGUAGAUAAUACCAUUUUUGUUCGCAAUUAGUAUACAUGAAUCCAAUUUCAGACCACUUUUGGGGUCAUAUUGGGGCAUGGAAGGGGCUCUUAUAGUUGACCAAAAGAACUAUCAAUGUAUUAUGAAAUGAGUAAGGUGUGAUACCAAUGCAUAAACUAUCCUUUUUUAAGCAAUCUGAAGCCUACCCUCAGCCCCUCCCCUCUCCCAGUUUACCUGAAGCCUACCCUCAGCCCCUCCCCUCUCCCAGUUUACCUGAAGCCUACCCUCAGCCCCUCCCUUCUCCCAGUUUACCUGAAGCCUACCCUCAGCCCCUCCCCUCUCCCAGUUUACCUGAAGCCUACCCUCAGCCCCUCCCCUCUCCCAGUUUACCUGAAGCCUACCCUCAGCCCCUCCCCUCUCCCAGUUUACCUGAAGCCUACCCUCAGCCCCUCCCAGUUUACCUGAAGCCUACCCUCAGCCCCUCCCCUCUCCCAGUUUACCUGAAGCCUACCCUCAGCCCCUCCCUUCUCCCAGUUUACCUGAAGCCUACCCUCAGCCCCUCCCUUCUCCCAGUUUACCUGAAGCCUACCCUCAGCCCCUCCCUUCUCCCAGUUUACCUGAAGCCUACCCUCAGCCCCUCCCUUCUCCCAGUUUACCUGAAUAUCAGCACCCAAAUAUGACAGCAAAGAGAUUGAUCAGGUCAGAAACAAGAUUCCAAACAUACUGUUGGCUUGUCGAGUCUUUACACAUUUUACUGGCUGUAUGUACAUGAGUGACUUUCCCAAAGUGAUUUAUUUGUUCAUAUGGAAGAAUGCAAGGCUUUCCGAUUAUGAUAGCUUAAUCAGUUCAUUAAGUAAAGCAAGAUAGGGGGUGGAUAUGCAAAUUUGUUAAAAUUUGAAUUGAAAGUGCUCAGUAACAUUUAUUUUUAUUUAUUUUAUUUAUUUAUUAAAAUAUCUUUAAACAGGAUAACAAGCUCAGAUUGACUGUUUUCAGCCAGGUCCUGUUAACAUAAAAUAAUAUAUACUAAAAAUAUAAAAGUGUAACUUACGUGUAAGUUUUUUACAAGUAAUGAAUAAAUUCAAUAAUAUUUAUUUGAAGCUUUUAGGUAAAGGAUAGUUUGAUUUCUGGACCAUCUUAUCCCACCAUGCAGAAUCAAAUCAAACUACAUGAAAUAUGAAUACAUGUUGAUAACAAUGAUAUGAUCAAUUCUCAAUAAUCCAAAUUGUAAAAAAUAAAAAGUGUACAAGCUUGAGAGGAUGUUCGACCCCUGUCUAACUUUCAGCUAAUUAAAAUGUGGGUUAAUGCAGAAAAAACUACUAUUUUUAGAAGAGAAUAAAGUCCUUUCUUUUGUCACUUAAAUCAGUUCUAGUGUGGAUACUUACUUGUUUCAUUCCAAAUUACCAAUCAGUCCUCAUUUCUACAAGUCAUUAUGAAGAUACCUGAGAUAUUUUGAAUAUUAUAGCUAUGCCAAGAAACAAGGGCAAUAAAGAUUAGCAUUGUACCCAUCAGAAAGAAAGAAGUCAUUUGAAUGCAAAUGUUGGGAAAAUAGUAACAUAUUAGCACAUUUAUUUUAGCAAAGUAUGUUGCAUUUCUGUGUGGAUUUGGUCUUAAUAUAACUGUUCAUGCAUGGGGACCGUGUAUGGAAAGGGUAUAAUACAUUUUUUUUCAAAUCUUGAACGCAGCUUAUCGACCUUGAAUUUCCUUAUCUAUUUUUUUCCAGGUAUAAACUAAUAUUUUUGCUUUCGAAGUACAGUUCAGUCGUGCUAUAUUUAAUUAUAAUUGCAGUUGAAGUUGAUAUCCCAAUAGGUAAUUUUAUAUAUAGCUUUUAGCCUUAUUAUUUCUUUUUAUCAAAACAUUUUGCAAGGAGCUGAAGGAAACUGUAUGCAAGGUCUUAUUUUUUACUCGUAGAAGUAAAGACAUCAAGGAACUUUUUUAUGAAUGGACUGAUCUAAAGUUUUAUCCAGGCCUUCUCAGCCAAUCAAAAUCAAGGAAAUCUGUCAGAUAUGACUAGGUGUCGGACGACAAACAUUGAUGAAACGAUCCCCUGAUUUGAUCAGGCUGAUUUUUAAGAGAAAUCCAUUGACCCACUUUUACUAAAGAUCCUGAUAUUACUAGAGAGUUUUCACAUUUACUACGGGUGGCUCCCUACAAUGCACCGAUUCCUUAAAAAUAUGUAAUGAAACUCACAAUAGAAAGCUGAGAGGAUUUUGUCGAAAGUUGGUGGACCGGGAAAGCAUCAGAAUGUCAUGACUCUGGACAAUGACAUAUUUGCCAUUGUUUGUCUGGUGUAAAUUUUCGGAUGAUCUGCUGUCCCGGGAUGCCAACUUUCGACAAAAGCCUCUUGGCUCUCAAUUAUGUUUGGACUUGCAUUUUCAAAGUAAUUAGUGCGUUGUAGAGUGGCCAUGGAGCAAAUGCAAAAACACUCUAUUUCAUUAAUACAAAUAUACACUAUCAACUGAAGAAAAUUAGUUUUAAUUGACGAGAUCUGCGAAGAUGAAUAAUGAAUAGAUUACUUUAAUCCACAUUACAUGUACCUAUAGUCAUCUUAAUGGGUUUGUAUGGAUGAUCUCCAUAAUCUGAAUUUCAGUUUACUUUAUAGCCAUGGUCUUAAUCUGUGGUUUUCUUAUGGAUAGCCAUAUGCGAGACAAUUAUCUUCCAAUUGACAUUCAAUUUAUCAGUACAUCUUAACCC